AUGGGGCGUGAACAAAAGCCUACUAUAUUUACCUGUGCGUGGGCGUGGGCAAAGCGAGCAGCUGCCUGGCAAGCGCACAUACCGCUACAUAAUACGUGGGUUAUUAUCGUUGUCGUUGCCACUACGAUCGCCUCUGCCGCUGCCGCUCCUCCUAUUGUUGUUGUUGUUUUUGUUGUUAUCCUCCUCGGCGGUGUUCAUAUCCGCCCACCACUACGUAAGCCCACCGCAAUAGCGCACGGCAAAGCAAAAAAUUUGUCCCGCCCGUCCUCGCCCUCGUCCCCCAGCCCGGCUGCCCGGCUGCCCGCAUGUAGCACGACGCACGCCAGCGAGGAUCCGGACGCCUUCGGUGGGCCCAGCGGGGACAGACUACUAAGAUCAGGCGGGCGACCUGGUGCUUGA